CGAAAUAAAUUUAAUAUGUCAAACUUGUCGACGAAUCCUGAUUUGUUGAAAAUGUAUUGCAUCAAGGUCGACAUCAAAAAUAAGCGAACGAUACUCACCAGUGAAAAAAUCCCUGAGAGGGAAACCGAUACAGAUGUCAUCGUCAAAGUGGCUUAUGCUGGAUUUUGUGGAACAGAUUGGCAUAUUAUCAAUGGAGAAUUCGAUGCCGAAGAUGGAAUAACAUUAGGACAUGAAUUCGUUGGAAGCAUCGCUGAUAUUUCACCGAAAUAUUCUCAUUUGGUGAAAGGUGAUCGAGUCGCUGUUAAUCCGAAUAUGAGUUGCGGAAUUUGCAUACCCUGCAAAAGAAAGAAGAGUAUUUUCUGCGAAGAAGGAAGCUUGAAGCAUACCAUAGGCAUAGCUAGUAACGGUGGUUGGGCUGAAUACGCCAAAGUUCAUGUCUCUCUGGUAGCCAAAGUACCUGAUGAGGUUUUACUCAGCCAAGCUGUAUUAUGCGAGCCUUUAUCAUGCGUAAUUCACGGAUUGGAUAAACUAGGACUAGAUCUCGAUAUGGGUUGCAAUAUACUGGUAAUUGGCGUGGGAAUAAUCGGACUUUUAUGGAGUUGUUUAUUACACGUAAUGGGACAUAGAAAAGUAACAGUUCUUGAACCAAACAUUAAUCGUAGACAACUCUUGUUGAAAGCAGGUUUAGGAUACAGAUGCACAACUCAUGAAGAAUUAUUACAAGAAAAUCCGAAUUACAAAGCUGAUAUCUGUAUUGAUUGUAGUGGAAAUGCGGAAGCUAUGCAAGCAACUAUUCCUUUAAUUCAAAGAGGGGGUACAUUUCUAAUAUUUGGCGUUGCUCAUCCAGAUAAACAGAUAACAAUAAAUCCUUAUAAAUUAUUCUACGAAGAAAUAUCCAUUCUGGGAGUAAACAUAAAUACACCUAAUACCUUUGAAAGAUCCAUGUCCUAUAUUGAAUCAAUGUCAAAAACAUAUCUUACCAUGGAAAUUUUGGGAAUAAAAACGUUUCCAUUGAGCGAGCAUGAAGCUGCAUUGAAAGCAUUUUCGAGUGGUUCAUUUACUAAAAUAAUGUUCGAAGUUUGAUUAACAAGAUUAGGUGAUACAUACUUAAUUUGACUCAGAGAGACAUUUUACACGAUGGGAUUAUUCAGUAGACCUUUCUAGACACCUAGACAGGUACCCAAAUUUAUGUACACAGAUAACUUCAAGUUUUUUUUCAAUGUUAUCGUUUUAUUUUAAAUCUAUAUCGCACCAAUAAAACUUAAACAGGCGUUGAAUUUUUGUGAGCUAAAUAAUUGAAAGCUUAUAGGAUUUUUUAUUAUUUAUUUAUUUUUUAUUUGAUGCCGACAUCCGACUUUCAUUCUAAAUUUUCUUCGUAUUUAUCAACAUAAGUAUAAGUAGGUAUUAAUUUUACGCUAGAAUAUUAAGUAGGUACCUACAUUGUUGUUUUCUUCUACAUGUAUAAGCUGAUAUUAUUGAACUAUAAAACAUACGUUUACUGAA